AUGCUGCUCGCCAGCUCGCUCGUCGGCCUCGAUCCGCCGGGUGCCUCCGGCUGGUGCUCCUCGUGCGGGCGGCCGCACUCGUUGCCUCGCACUGCGCAGGCGGAGAUGGAGGCGCUGUCGCUGCUGCGGCGCAUCGAGCAGAGCGGGCGGUUCGACUUCACCGCCGCCGAGCCAGACCCGCGCUUCGGCCUGACGCAGGAGCAGCGGCGGACGGGCAAGAUGCUCGGCGUGCUGCUCUGCUCGGACGGCACCGUGCUGCGCGCCUUCAGCGGCAUGCUGGGCGGGACGUGGCACUGCCCAGGGUGGGCGCCGCCCGUUGCCGGCCUGACGCUGGAGGACGCGGAGCCGGCGGCCGCGUUCGGAGAGAUUGUGCGCCUCGUCGCAAGAGCCGACGCUGCGGCGGAGCCCGAGCGCGGCCGGCUUCGGCGGGCGCACAGGGAGCGCUCGGCCGCGCUCUCGCAGGCGCUCGGCGCCAGCUACGUGUUGCGCAACGCGCGCGGAGAGGAGGCGGGCGUGCCGGAGCUGCUGCGUGCUCAGGGCGUGCGCCCGCCCGGAGGCGUGGGCGACUGCGCGGCGCCAAAGCUCCUCACGGAGGCGCACAGGCGCAGGCUAGUGCCCGAGGCGAUCGCGGAGGUGUGGUGCGGGCCGCCCGCCAAGACGCGCACGCACGGCAGCUUCCACGCCGCGUGCCGGGAGCGGUGCGAGCCCAUCAUGGGUUUCCUGCUCUGUGGGGUGCCGGCGGCGUGCGGCGCCGACGGAUAG